GCGAAUUAAAAAUUUUCCAAAAAUAAGUGUUCAUAGCGGUUGCGCCGCGACACCAGCGAUUUUUUUUUUGCUAUCGCGGCACGAGUUGCGUGAUUUCAGUGCGAUCGCGAGUGCGAGUGAGGACCGCGUUUGCGACGCGAAUGAAGCAAGAAAGUGGACUUGGAUAGUGAUUCGUCUUUGUUGUAUAUAUUGUUGUCGAAGGACGUAGCGGAAUCUUGAUAAAAUUCUCUGCUUUACUGAAGUGAUGGAAAAAAUGCAGCUGUAGUUAUAAAGUUGUUGUAAAACAAGAGAAUUGGUUUCUAUAUUUAUGUUCUGGUGUUCUGUUCUGUAUCCAAAAGUAAAAAUUAUGGAAAAUUUGAUAUGAAUGUUUUGUUAUUGUACGACGGCACUGUCUGUAAUAGUAGUUUUUGUUGAAUAAAUGUUGCUAAAUUUACUCCGGAUUAAAUUAAUUCAGGAUUAAAUUAAUUAAGCCGUGAUAUUACGUUUGACGGUGUUGGAAUUUUGACGGCGUUGUCAAAACUCCAAAAAUGUUUAGAAUUUCGACAACGCUGUCAAAAUUCAAAAAUAAUUUCUAAAAUUUUACAAAUUCCAUUGGAAUUUCUGCAUUUCUCGAAAUUUUCAUGGCAUUUCUAAAUUCGCAGAAAUUUCAAACCGCAGAAAUUCUAAAAGCAGAUCGACGAGUUUACCCAAGAAGAUAUCAAAUAAAAAUAGUCGUACAGCAAUUUCGUUUCAUUUUGUAUUUAUUAAUCUGAAAAUUAUUUUAUUUUUUUUACAAUUUUUUCUAGGUUAAAACAAAAAUUUCGUGUAUAUAUUGUUAUACCGUUAUUGCCCGCUUUUGCCAAGGAUCAACCUCGUCAAAAUGUCAUGUAUUAUACAAUGUCUUCAAUAUCAAAAGGCGAUGGUUCCAUGUACGGUACAUUUGAAAAACAGGGUAUUAAACCAGAGGAAUAUAUCAGCUUCUUUGGAAUGCGUACUCAUGAUGUUUUAAUGGGCCGAUUGGUACUAUAUUAUUUCUAUUUUUAUAUAUUGUAA